AUGCCGCUGUCGAACGUCGAGAAAGGAAGCGUCGACUUCGUGGAGGAUGUCGGCGUGGAAAAGUCCUCUGAAGACGCCGUCCUGGUAUCUGCCGAUGGAGAAAUUAAGCUGUUACCAGUUCCCAGCAAAGACCCCAAUGAUCCGUUGAACUUCUCCCGCUAUGCUAAACUGGGGAUCAUUGUAAGCUGCUGCUGGUUUUCUAUCAUGUCCUUGUCUGUCGUUGGAGGCCUGGGAUCCAUUUUGACAAUCUUCAUUGAUCUCUAUGCGAAAGAGGGAGUCGAUGAAACCAGGGUGGGUUGGCUCACCACCUUUCCCUCCUUAUUCAUCGGCAUCGGAAAUUAUUUCCUCCUACCUUUGGGACUGGCCUUCGGUAGACGCCUCGUUACUCUUCUUGCGAUUACUGUGCUUCUUGCAGCGACCGUUGGCUGUGCCCUAUCACAAAACUACGAGCAGCACUUUGCCUUGCGAAUCGUCCAGGGCUUGGCCACUGGUGCAACAGAGUCACUUCUCCCGCUCAUCCUUGCGGAGGUGACAUUCGUACACCAACGUGGAAAGAUCUAUGGCUUAUAUUGGUCGACUCAAAACAUCAUCAACAGCUGUUUCAACAUUGCGAGCUCCUAUGAAGCGGCCGCUCUCGGCUGGCGCUGGUACUACUGGAUAUUUGUGAUCACCAUCGCCAUCGGUGGCUUAAUCACUUUCUUUACGUGCUUUGAAACAGCCUACCAUCGCUCUGCUCAGAUUAUUGACGGACGUGUUGUAUUUACCGAUGAAUAUGGCGUCACACGUGUUUUGAAAGGCGAAGAGGCACAGGCAUAUAUCGUUGCCAAUUCUAGUGCUGAAAGUCAAGGCGACCGUAUCCCCGAGGAGAUGAUCCACAAGAAGACCUACCUGGAGCUGCUUAAGCCUUGGUCUGGAAUUAAGAAUCCCCCUCUUAAGACUAUACGCGAUGCUUGGUGGAGCAUGUUACUGUGUUUGACAUCCCCGGGUAUCCUUUAUGCCACCUUACUGUCGUCCGCUGUACUGGCUGCCGCUAUUGGAAUGGGACUGACCUACGACACUGUUCUGCAAGACUACGGAUGGGAGGCGAAGAAUGUGGGACUCAUCAACCUUGGUGGUGUCUUUGGAAGCUUUGGCGGUCUUCUUUAUGGUGGUAUUUUUGGUGAUUGGUUCACCGUCAGACUGGCCAAGCGAUCAGGAGGUGUCCACACUCCUGAGCAUCGUAUUCUGUUACUGGUUCCCCCCGGUAUUAUUACCGUAUUCACCCUCCUACUUUACGGAUUCACUGCUGGAGGUGGAUCUACCUGGGGCGCCCCGUACAUGGCAUGGGCAAUCUUUGAAGUUGCCUUUGUGGCGGUACUCAUUAUUUCGACGACUUUUGCUGCGGAGGCAUGGGAUAAUAAUGCCGGGCCCGCCUUGGUCGUUGUCGUUGGAUCGAAGAAUCUCGUCUCCUUCGGUAUCUCAUAUGCUCUCAUCCCGAUGGUAGCCAAGUACAGCUACGCCGCGGGUAUGGGUAUGUUGGCCGGAGUCACUGCGUUUAUUUUCCUGCUCGGGAUUCCCGUGUACUACCUCAACCCUAAGUGGCGUCGAUGGAUGGCAGAGAAGGUGGAGUUGAAAGCAAAGUCAACGUCAACGUCAACUUGA